AUAUUGGUUUAUUAUUUUUUAUUUCUCUUUCAACCCUCAUUUCUCUUUCAUUUCUCCUUCAGCUCACCGCCUUCAUCUCCAUCUCCACUCUCCUAUUCUUUUUCUUCUUCCCUCUUCCCCGUUGCUCCAUCUCCUUCAGCUCACCAUCAGUUUCGCUCUGUCCAUCUCCAUCACUGAUCUAACCAUCACUGAUCCGGUUUGUUUUUUCCCCUUUUGGUUCGCUCACCGCCUCCAUCUCCAUCUCCACUCUCCCAUUCUUUUUCUUCUUCCCUCUUACCCGUUGCUCCAUCUCCUUCAGCUCACCAUCAGUUUCGCUCUGUCCAUCUCCAUCACUGAUCUAACCAUCACUGAUCCGGUUUGUUUUUUCCCCUUUUGGUUCGCUCUGUCCUCUGUUCUACCGGCGUCGGUCUGGUUCUGAGUCUUCGUUUUGGUUGUGAUUGCUCACAAAUCUGAAAGGGAUGUUUGUGCUUCCGCCGAAGAUUCUAGCAGCACAUUGAUGAAAAACGGAGCCAAAAGGUUGCAUAAGGUUGAUUCCAACGGAGCCAAAACGGAGCCAAAACAGAGCUUGAUUCCAACGAUUGAUUUCCGAUUGUGGGUUUGGUUGUGGGUCUGAUUUUAUUUUCGGAUUGUGAUCGGCGUGGGCGUAGGCCUUUGGGUUGUGGGUCUGGUUUUUUUUUUCCCCUUUUGGUUCGCUUCCUCUCUGUUCUAUCGGCGUCCUCUGGUUGUUUUUGUCUCCGUUUUGGUUGCGAUUUCUGAUUGUGGGUCUGGUUGUGGGUCUGGUUGUGGGUCUGCUCUUUGAAUCAAUUCUUGGCGCAACAACUUUGUGAGUGGACUUCCGGUUUCGUGAAAGAGGCCCUGGUGAAAUCUGUGCACGAGAAUCACGACAGGAAUAGCUCACCGUACAGAACAAGCAGUCUCCAUAUCUAUUUAGAGCAUGGACUCAAGGAGUUAUUCAUCAUUCAUUGAUCUCGUACGGGGGAAUAUUAAUCUUGAGGAUGAAAUUUUCGAUGUAUCUGAAAGUAGUCCCCUGUUAGUCGAAGAUUCUCCAGUGAAUGAUGAAGUUGCCACUUCUAAGAAAAAACAAGCACGUGGGGUCAACUUCAGUGUUGAGGAAGAUAAGCUGCUUGUAGCAGCAUGGCUCAAUACCAGUGUUGAUCCUGUGUAUGGUAAUGAGCAACAUAAAACAACAUUUUAUGGUAAAGUUGCCAAAUACUUUAUGGACCAAAAGACUGAUUCUACACGUAGUGUUGCAUCCCUAACAACCCGAUGGGGAACAAUUAAUAGGGAAACAGUUAAAUUUGUUGGGUCCUUAGCUAAAAUUGAAGCAAAGAAUGAAAGUGGAACCACGGCUCAUGACAAGAUUGAGAAAGCAAAGGAAUUGUUUAAAGAAAUUCACGGUUCCGUUUUUCAAUUUGAACAUUGUUGGCUAAUCUUGAAAGAUUAUCCAAAGUGGGCAUCUACUAUGCCUAGGGGAGAUUCAAGAAAAGAAAUGCCUCAAACUCCAGAUUUAAUAGAUCAAGGAGUGGGGGCUGAUGGCAUUAUGGAUUUCGAGAGGCCAAUAGGUAGAAAAGCUGAAAAGGCUAAUCGAAAAAGAAAAGAUGAUGGGCAAGAUAUUGCAACGCAAUAUUUGAAAAAGAAAAUGAAAGUUCUUGAAGAAGGUUGUGUAGCCGAAAAAGAGAGAAUACGUAUCAAAGCGGAAAAGGUUCGCUUGCAAGAGUUGAAAGAGAAUGAAAGAAUUAUGAUGCUAGACACAAGUGGCAUGAAUGAAGACCAAAAAGCUUUUUAUGAUGGACUCAAAAAGGAAAUCCUUGCAAAACAAAGAUCAAGUCAUUCGUUGGGUUGAUGAUGUUGGUGAUAUCUUGUUCCAACCUUAUUUUGGUAGUAACUAAUUCUAGGCCGUGAUAUGUAUUUUGUGGCAUUUUUUGGUUGUAGCUGACUUUAGGCCUUGAUAUGUAUUUUGUGAUCUUACCAAAAGGUCUUGACUCUUUUAUUAUGUAAUUUUGUUGUAAAUUCUAGUAGGCCACUGCCAUGUAA